AAAAAAAAAAAAAAAAAAAAAAAGAAAGAAAAUCUUGAAUUUUAAACGCAAAACACUAUAAUUUAUUAUUUUUUUCUUUUUUUCUUUUUAAUAUUUUUCUUUGUCUCCUUUUUUCUUUAAAAAAUAAUAAUAAUAUGGCACCAACGGACAUUAGAAGUUAUGAAACUUAUUUAGUAGCUCGACAAGCAGUAACUAAUGAAGCAGUAAAUCGACUUACACCAACUGAAGAUCAAAAGAUCAUUCUCAUCAUUAUUGGAGUUUAUACAGCAGCAAUUUUAAUUUUAUGGAAUAUGCCAAUAGCCAAGAUUAUUCUAUCACCGUUUAAGUUAUUAACAGUAGGCUUACAUGAAUUUUCGCAUGCAUUUAUGGGGUGUUUAACCUGUGCUAAAAUCGAAUCUAUCGAAAUAGAUCCAGACGAAGGUGGAGUUACUCGAAUGCGAGGCGGUAUUCCAAUGUGUACAUUACCCGCAGGCUAUUUAGGAUCUUCUUUAAUUGGAGCUAUUUUAGUCAUGUGUGGAUUUAAUAUAUUAGCAUCUAAAAUAGCCAGUAUCUUUUUAGGCGUCUGUUUGUUAUUUACACUUUGGUGGGCUAAAAACUGGUUAACACGAGGUAUUGGGUUCUUAUUUAUUGGUGUCAUCAUCUUUCUUUGGUGGCUUGAACGUGGAGCAGGGCUUCGUUAUUUUGUAUUGUUUGUAGGCGUUAUGUCAUGUCUCUAUUGUCUUUGGGAUAUUUUAGAUGACCUUGUAUUUCGUAAACUUCAUGAAUCAGAUGCAUCUAAAUUUGCUCAAGUUUGUGGUGGCUCUUGUAUGUCAAGUCGUGUUUGGGGUGUAUUUUGGUUUAUAAUUAGUUUGAUAUUUUUUAUAGUUGGAAUCUUGAUUGGCUUAGCAGCAUUUAAAGAAGAUCAACAAACACAACAACAACAAGCACAAGGCUUUGGUUGGUAAAGGAAAAGCCUGUAUUUUGUAUGAAUAUACCAUGUUAUAUAGACAUAUAAUAUUUCUACUUGUUAUAUUUCUAUAAAAGUUAUCCUGAUUUAUUAUCAUUAUUAUAAACAAUGUAGCUUUUUUUUUUCACUUUCGGGGAUUAAAUCCUUCUAAAUUGUCCACCCUCCAUGUUUAU